AUGGCGAGCACGUUACCAUACCGACCCUCCAAUGACUCCCUGUCCACCUCCAACCCCAAGACCAAUGGACUCCCUCGCCUGUCGCCGGCGCCGUCCUUCAUCGGCCGGUCGCCCAGUGGCUCGCACUCUCAUACAUCCUUCCGACGAACCUCUGCGGAAAAUACGGUCGGGUACAAGCCACGCCGAUGUAAAUCACAAUAUCCGCUCGACUCGCCGGAGCGUCAUGUGGAAUAUAUUCUCGUGGCCUCGUUUCAUAUUGACCGAGGUCCAAUUAUGGAACAUCAAUACCCAGGCCCGAUCAGUGGCGACGAGAGUAUGCUGGCGGAGCUGAUGCUUCCAGAUCAAACCCAUGUCCGCAGCCAAGAUUGGACCAUUUUCUUCUUGCAUAAGGAUACAAGCGGAGAUGACGAUGACGACUCGGAGAGCGGGAAGAAGAAGAAAAAGCGCAAGUCGAAAUACCGUGGGAAUGAAGAGGGCGCGGACAUCCAACAUGAGAAUGUGGACGAAGCUUCCGAGGGCGAAAGCAGCGAAGAAGAUGACGAGGAAGGGGGAGAAGGUCCGCCCCUGAUGUACGUGCUGAACUUGGUAAAUACAAAGCAGGAUAAUACGGUCCGACGUGGCGCGGUUGUCAAGGCCAUGGCGAUUUGUACAAGGCAUUCAUUCCUUCAUAUCUAUAAACCCCUCCUUCUUCUCGCUUUGGAAGACUACUUCAAAUCUCCCUACCCCGAAACACUCGCCUCACUUUAUGACGCCGUCAACAACAUGGACUUGUCGCUCAUGCCGAAACUGUCGAUCCUUGAGCGCCACAUCUUGCAGUCCAGCAAUACAAAGGAAAUGUUCAUCGAAAAGUUCGAACAAAUGAUCCGUCAACGGGAAGAAGAAGAGACGGAAAACGGGGAAUGUCCGCCAUCACCGAAGAAAAUGAGCCGUUACGUCCUUCCGCGGGACACACACGAGUUUGAGUCGAAAGUGGUUUACCACGACAUUCCGAUUCCUGUCAAAAUCCCCACGGUUAUCUGGCCGGAAACCGUGGGCGAUUUUUCUCUCAUCAAACUAAUCCAAACCUUUGCUGGACCACAUGCUAGCUCUCCGCAAGCAUUCCCCAACCACCCUCAUUUGACUACUAGCGGCCCUUUCACGCACCCCAUCAUUGUCCUUGUCAAUGCCAUUCUCACCCAAAAGCGGGUAGUGUUCCUUGGACAUAAUCGACCUUCGGGUGAAGUGGCUGAGGCAGUUCUUGCAGCCUGCGCGCUCGCAUCAGGAGGCAUCUUGCGUGGAUUUACGAGGCACGCUUUUCCUUACACUGAUCUUACCAAAAUCGACGACCUUCUCAAAGUACCCGGUUUCAUUGCUGGUGUAACAAAUCCGACAUUCGCCAAUCACCCAGAAUGGUGGGAUAUCCUGUGCGACCUUCCUACAGGUCGCAUGAAGAUCUCCAGCCAUGUUGAGCCUGCGCCAGUGACAGAAGGGCUCUUGUUCUUCCAGCAGCAGAAUGCUCUUCUACCGAACCACACCUCAAAUGCAAACUCGGAUCCGACCGGGGACAAUAUCUUCAUCGAGGAUAUCCUCCGCAGCAUCAGCAAUCGUCAUGGUGAGAACGCGAUCCGCGCGAAAUGGCGAGCAUACAUUACCAAGUUUGUUCGAGUCGCCGCAGCCUUUGAAGAGGCCGUCUAUGGUGCCUCGAAUCUCUACAUCAUUGGCCCCGGCGAGGAACUUUCCCCGGACAGUCCCACUGGCCAACAGACGGAUGCGUCGGACCCGGCCUCCCUUCGAGGACAUGGUUAUGUCUGGUCGGAUGAGAUUGCAAAGCAACGGGAAUUGUCUGCAUCAGUGUCAAGAAUCGAGGGUUGGCGUAACACUCGAUCCUACUACUCUUACAUCCAAGAUAUCGCGGCUAUGUACUUCCCGGCUCGUCCCAUACAGCGACCGGAUCUCUUCCACCAUCACGAUCGCCUGCGAUCCCUCAAGCUAUCCCAUGCCGAGUCGGCCGCCAUUUACCUCGCACUCUCUCAUGCCGUCAAGGACUAUGCUGGCAUCUGCCAAUUGCUGACCGUCGCGCCGGAGAACCAAGCAGGGCUGUUCUACCUGAGCAUGGGCCUUUUCCACCCCGACCAAGUUGUCCGGGAGGCAACGGUCGAAUUGUUGGAUCGCAUUGCGGCACACCCGGCCGGUCGGCAUUUUUGGACCCAUCUGAGCCGGUUUGCCAAAUUGGCAUAUUUCCGAGUCAAACGAGACCGAGACGCGGCACAGAGUCCCAUCUCGGGUGUUGGAUCGCCGACUGGCAGCAAUGCCGGGGCGAGCUUUGGUGGCGAGCCGCAAAGUCUUGUGGGAGUUGCCUUGGGAGAAAGUCGCUCAAGAAAAAGCUAG